AUGGCCACUCCUCCGCCUGACGGUCCUUCCUCGCGACCCAUUAUUUCAUCCACCCGUGGAGGACUCUCAUCGCCGCAACUAGAAGUUGCUGUUUCUUCCGAUAGCCACAGUCCCCUGUCGGAGGCUGCACACGUGCCAACAGAUCCAGCCUUGUGCCAAGACAUCCAUCUCUCAGACUCCCAGCACGAUCUUUUUGCAACAAAAGCUGAGUUUGAUGCGUACUCGGAACCAUUCGAUUUCGACCACCCUGGUUUCUUGGAAGAUUUUGAGCCGUAUCGAGACACGGUGCUUGAACAAGCUUGGGUAAACGAAUUCCCUGCGAGCCUUGGUGGACUCUCGCAUUCCCUCACGCAAUCCGGAGCUACUAAGAGAGCUAUUUCCUCGUCGCCACCUUCAGGCUUCUCACACAAGGUACGCAAGCCGAAGUCACGCAUACAAGUCAUGAUCACUGAUGCCGUGCACCACAGCGACGCAAAGACGACUCUAAAUCCCCAUGGCCCCCGUAUGGAGAUCAACAAGCAUCACCAGGGCAUGAUCAGCCAGCGCAACGCCUAA